CCAAAGAUCGUACGCCAUUUUUGCAUACUGACGCCACAGCGCAUUGUUCUGAACGUUUGAUCAGUUUUUGCUACAUUUAUUCUAUUUACUCAUAUUUAAAGUUCCAUAAUGAGUGACAUUGAGCGAAGUAGUAGUCGUAGUGCAAGUCCUAGAAGACCAAGAACAGCCGAUGGUGGUUUAAGAGACUCGCGUUCACAUUCAAGAUCACGUAAAUCACGAGAGCGUAAAGAAUCGCACCGACCAGUAAAAGAAUAUUCAAGAUCACGAAGCCGUUCAGUGUCAAGAGGAAGAAAGUCCUAUCGUAGCAGCAAAUAUGCCAGUGCAGGUCAUCGUGGUAGUAGUCGCAGUCGUAGUCGCAGCCGUAGUCGUUCUACUCACAGGUUUGCGCGAUAUUCCCGAAGCAGAUCUCGAUCAUACUUCCGUUCUCGUUACUCUCGCGAAUGUGAUAGGACCAUUUAUCGUUCACACUCCCGCAGUCCAAUGUCAUCUAGACGACGUCAUGUUGGAAACAGGGAAAAUCCCUCUCCUUCCAGAUGCUUAGGUGUAUUUGGACUUUCUAUUUUUACAACCGAACAGCAAGUACAUCACAUCUUUUCCAAAUAUGGUCCUGUUGAACGUAUACAAGUUGUAAUUGAUGCAAAGACUGGACAUUCUAAAGGAUAUUGUUUUGUAUAUUUUGAAUCACUUGAAGAUGCUAAAGUAGCAAAAGAACAGUGUGCAGGAAUGGAAAUUGAUGGUCGAAGAAUGAGGGUAGAUUAUUCAAUUACGCAACGAGCUCAUACACCAACACCAGGAAUAUAUUUAGGAAAACCUACACAUCUACAUGAUAGAGGAUGGGAUGGGCCUAGAAGAAGAGACAGUAGUUAUAGAGGAAGUUAUCGACGUUCACCUAGCCCGUAUUACAAUCGCCGUCGCGGUCGUUAUGACAGAUCUCGAUCACGCUCUUAUUCACCACGUCGAUAUUAAGUGACACGAGUGUGAUGCGAGAGGCCAGAUGUUUGGGAGACCAUUUAUGUGACUUGACCCUUUGACCUCAAAUUUCUUCUAACAAUACUGUACCGGGUCAAAAAAAAAUGCAAAUGCUACAUUCUUACUACUAUUCUUACCUUACCUAGUUCUGCAUCAUAUGCAAUUAAUUACAGCAUUUAAAUUACGAUAUUGUAAAAUAUCAAUUAAUGAAAUAACCUAAUAUGCAAAGGAGUAUAGUAUAUUCUUUGCAUGAAAGAGUAAGGUUAGAAUGGAUAAAAACCUUAUUUUCAUAAUGUUUCUAUUAUUUUCUGGAUGAAUUUUUAUGAAGAUAAGGUUUAUUUAUUGUAACGGUAUAACACUGAUAUGUGAAGGUUGGAAUAUAAUUAUUUCCAUUUUUCUUUGACUUUAAUUAUUUACUUAAAAAUUAUAUUCCAGCCAUUCGGAUUUUAAAUAUCACUGAAAUGUGAUAUAAAUGUGGUAUUCCUAAAUGUUUAUAUGAAAAAGAAAAAAGAAAAAAAGUGGAAAGAACGAAACACAUACAGAAAAGAACGAAACAAAACAAAAAUAAAAUUAAAAAUAGAAGUAUGUUCUCUAACCUGUUUGUUUGUUUAUAAGGUUUUGAAUCAAGAGGUAUUGGAUGAUAGAGGGAAGUUUGAAGUUUCACUCUGAAAAAAUGAAAGUUUUGAAAAGUUGAAGACAAGAUAUCUGAAGAUGUUUGUCUUGCUCGAAUUUCGAAGAUCUGAAGGUUUUUCGCGCUUGUGACAAAGAAUAUGAUCCGAAUCACAUUCCUUACCGGCUGAGAAGUCUCAAGCCUAGAAGAACUGCAAGCCUCAAGACAGUAAGAAAUCGUUGAUCAUCAGGCCCCCGAUCUGGACAAGCCAAUGGUUGGGGGUGAAACUGGUCGAACGUUUCAGAAAAUAUUCAAGAAACAUCGAAAUCUUUUAUGAGUAGGAAAGAGCGUAAGCUGCUCCAAGGUUUAUACUGAUCAUAUUCUUUAUCAGUUGAUUUGGUUAAAUGAUAUAUCCGUAAUUAGGUGUUAUAAAAUAAAUAAACAUAUAUACCUUCGCCCUUAUUCCCUCCACCAUCCUAAAACCUCCUAUGUAUCCUUAAGGGUGAUAUCCUAUUGUUUUCACUUUGUAUAGGAAUAAGCAGCGGAAAUUCGAAUUGAAACAACUAAUAAACAAUGGUUUUUUUUUUAA